AAUGUCGCCGUUUAUAGGCUUCCCGCUUCCCUUGUCUUAGUGGAACAUCGGGAGCGACGGGAAGUAACAGAAUUUGGUUUUUCUUUCGCUGCCUGGAUACAGAGUUUAGUUGUGAGUUGUGACUCGGACUUGCGUCUGAACUUUGAACUCCUCCGUGAGAGACUGAGAGUGGUACAGAGAGGAAAUGGUGGAUUUUAAGAGGUUUUGGACGAGGAAGACGCUGGUAGGUCUUGGGUUGGGGCAGUUUCUCUCGCUCCUGAUCACUUCGACUGGUUUUUCCUCUUCUGAGCUCGCCAGAAGAGGAAUCAAUGCACCGACCUCGCAAUCUUUUCUGAACUAUGUGCUCUUGGCAAUAUUCUAUGGAAGCUUGGUGAUCCACCGAAAGAAAGGACUCAAGGCAAAAUGGUAUUACUAUUUACUGCUUUCUGUAGUUGAUGUUGAGGCCAAUUUUCUUGUGGUGAAGGCUUAUCAGUACACAUCACUAACGAGUGUCAUGCUACUGGAUUGUUGGACAAUCCCAUGUGUCAUUUUCCUUACCUGGUUUUUCUUGAAGACAAAAUACAGAUUCAGGAAAUUUGUAGGUGUAGCAGUUUGUGUUGCUGGUCUUGUGUUGGUUAUUUUUUCAGAUGUCCAUGCAAGUGACCGGGCAGGUGGGAGCAAUCCUGUUAAAGGAGAUUUGCUUGUGAUUGCUGGAUCCAUGCUUUAUGCAGUCAGUAAUGUUAGCGAGGAAUUUCUAGUGACAAAUGCUGAUAGAAUAGAGCUUAUGGCAAUGUUAGGACUUUUUGGAGCUGUUGUCAGUGCUUGCCAAAUAAGCAUUCUUGAGCGUCAGGAGCUCCGUUCUAUCCACUGGUCUACUGGGGCGGUGCUUCCUUUUAUUGGGUAUGCCAUUGCAAUGUUUCUUUUUUACUCAUCAGUGCCAAUCUUAUUGAAGCUCAGUGGUUCCACUAUGCUGAACCUCUCUCUGCUUACCUCAGAUAUGUGGGCUGUCCUUAUCCGCAUCUUUGCAUACCAUGAGAAGGUCGACUGGAUGUACUUCAUAGCCUUUGCUGCUGUUGCUGUUGGACUUGUUAUUUAUUCUGGUGGUGUAAAAGAGGAUGGUACUGGAGCUGAGGCGACUGAGGAUCCCGCAAAUCAAAGAACGGAGAGGGAUGAGGAGGCCGGUAUAGAACAUUGUCAUGGGUCUACAGUAGAGAGCUCCAAAUCAGAUGUAGGGAAACGUCCUUACUACAAGCCCAUUGGCAGCGAGUAUGAAGCACUGUUGCUGUCACGAGUGGAGGUGCAGGUUUAGUCCAUAUUUAUGGCAUGGGUGAUGAUAUACACCACACAAACGUUUCUUCUAAGCAAGAAAUGUAGUUAUUUUCAUUGGUAAAAUAUAUGUUCAUACUCUAGGCUAUUUUGUUUUCCUCCACCAAGUCAGAAUGCUGGUUCUACUUUUUUUUAUUCAUUAAUUGAAAUAAAAUAUUAGACGUUACUCCA